UUGUGUGGAGCAUGGUUUGAAAGUCUGCAAUUGACCGUCAGCAGGGAACAAUAGCGCCAUAUAAUAACUUCAUUCAACAGCUGAUAACGUAAAAAAUCAUAGGGAAUGAAAUGUGUUUAAAUAUUAACUUUCAAUCUCAACUAAAAAGUAAAAUCUAAAAUCUAGUUUCGGAAAAUCUGAUGGGCCCUUGCGCCUAUUUGUGGGCCCACUAUAAAUAGAGCUCUUCUGGCAACACAUGCAUGUCUAUGAUAGGCGGUUACAGAUUUUCCUCACAGACUUUAGCUCCAAAGCACACCGACAACAUCUUCUUGGUAAGUUGGACAAGAUGAGAAGUAAUUUUGAGGUAAAUCUAAGUGCAUCUUUAAAUAAAUUACAGAUCUAAGACUUUACUUUGAUCUCUAAAACCUUUACAACAACCUGAUAGCAAAAACUAUUUAUAACUUAGUGCCAGAGUUUGCUUGGUUUGAAAGGACAAGCAUUUAGUCUUUAUCAGUGGCUACUAACUGUUCACUUUGUUUUGUUUUAUUGUAUUAACUUCUAGCAGAAAUGUAAUCAUAUGAAAUGUUUUUAUUUCCCCUCCAGAUUUUUUUUUUUUUUUUUUUUUGGAACACCCCAUUAAAUGAUCCCUGACCGCCGUGGAUUUUACAAGGGGGCAGUUUUUAUUGUCUCAAACUUCAGAUGAUACCUGUAGCUCGAAUUUUCUUGAUAUUUUUGUGGAUUGCUUGAGUGGAGAAUGACUUCAAGGAGGACAAUGACUCGCUCUUUCUCUGGCAAUGGGAGAACAAGCAGCUUCAGCGAAGAGGAGGGCAGCUCUUCCAGUGGUCGCUCAGAGAGCCGCAACACUUAUCUGUCAAACGUGCGACCCGAAAACAGGAGCACUCUGUGCAGCGUUAUGGCUCAGCUGACUGAAGACAUACAGCCAACUUUUGAGACGACUCUAAAGCCAAAGGCAGUGUCAGAAAACUGCAACGUCAAAUUCACAUGUGUGGUUUCAGGGUACCCCGCUCCUGAACUGAAAUGGUAUAAAGAUGACAUAGAGAUGGACAGGUACUGUGGACUCCCCAAAUAUGAAAUACGGCGUAACGGAAAAACCCACACUCUUCAUAUUUACAAUUGCACACUGGAUGAUGCAGCAAUUUACCAAGUCUCUGCCUCCAACAGUAAAGGAAUCGUUUCUUGCUCUGGAGUUUUGGAGGUUGGUACCAUGAACGAAUACAAGAUCCACCAGCGGUUCUUUGCUAAACUAAAGCAGAAGGCAGAACGAAAGAAAAAAGACUUAGAAGACCAGACCAAGAAGGUGAGCAAAGAAAACGUGCAGAAGAAAGAGCUCCAAAGAAGCCCAGAACAUCCACAGAGGAAACGUUCCGUCCCGCCAGCAGACAAACCGUCAGUGGAGCUGCCAGGAGAGGCUGUUGUUCCGAAUGGAAUUAGCUCAGACCCUAAAGACACUGACACUUCACCUAUUAAUGUAGAAUCUCGGUCUGAGGAAACUUUGGCCAAAAAAAGAAUUAGGAUUUCUAAUGGGGUAGACGUGGAGCCACAAGACAGCAGCACCAGUGAGCCUGACAGAACCCACAUGAUGGGGAAUGGAGGCGAAAACUGCUAUGAUGGAGGAAUCGGUUUAGCACAAUUUUUAGCAGAGACUCUCCAGUCCCAAUCUGCUGAGGAGAAACAGAUUUUACCUGAAGAAGAGCUGCCUAAAGACAUGGACACAUCUACUUGCAGAGAAAAAAAAGGAAAAGAUCAAGAGGAUAUGAGGAACAAAUCAAAUGAUACAGAGAAAGCGUUACAGGCAGAGCGUGAGAAUGACAGAAGAACUGAAGAGGAAUUAGCUGUGGAUCAAGACAGAGAGACAACAGCUCAUGGAAAAUGGAGUUCAGAUGUCAAUAAUCAGAGUAAGGGUCAUAAGGAUCACGAUCCCCACCAUAUCCAGGCAUCCAUCUCCUCGAUGUUCCACUCGGUUAAAGAUUUCUUCUUUGGUAAAAUUAAGAAGGACUCUCGGGAUCACAUUGAAAAUGAAGAUAAAGAAUUUAACAAAUCAAACGCUAAAGUUCAUCCUUCUCAACUGGACAUGCCUCCAUCGUUUCAUCUACACCCAGAGCAUCCCCAACUCGCACAGGAAGGGGUGCCCAUGGUGAUGGAAAAAGGAGUUUCUGAAACAUUGACAGUUUCACCAGAAAUAAAGAGCCAGAAUGACGUUCUCCACUCAGAGCAUAAACCACUCACUGAAGAACCUGCACCUCUUGUGAUGGACAAAUCUAAUGACGUUUCAUUACCUUUGAGCAAGGAGCAACAAUCAGCAUCAUUGGAACCGCUUGAAUUUAAGCAUAAAGAUGAGGUUUCAAAUAAAGAAAUGCACAAACUGUCACCUAAAAGCAUCCAGGAGAGCACCACAAAGAGAGAUGUAGAGACUGAGGAUGCUGUCGAAGCUAUGGAGGUGUCUGUUGAGCAAGAAAGCAAAAAACCACUUAAAGAUAACGCACUUCAAAUUCACACAGAGGCUAACGGCGUGGACUCUGAGGUAGUUUCUGCUGAUAAACAGGAGUCUAAUACCACUGUAGUUCCAGAAGAGCCUAACCUCAGGGUUGGAACAGAUAAUUCUUCACCAAAGGACGAUUUGUCUGAUUUACCACUUAAAGAAGAAUGCCCCCAAAAGCCAACUUUACCUAAUUUAGAGGUCUACCAGGCUCCUUCUGAGAGUUUUAUCUCAGCAACAAUCAGCCACAAUCUUGAAAAGGGUGAAUACAGAGACGACACAAUGGAGUAUAAAAGUGAAUCUAACAUAGAGAAGAGCCAGACCUCCAGCAACCUAUUUGGAGAAGAGAAAGAUGAAGUGAAAUCCACCCAACACUCGUGCUCAGAUAUUAACAGACCAGAAUUCACUAAAAUAACUGUCUCUUCUUUGGAAGGCAAAACGGAGCUGUGUGAAUCUAGAACAGAUCAGGUGCCGUCUACUCUUUCCGCCUUACAGGCCAACGAUACAAUAGCAGAUCAAGUUUCAGUCAUUCAAAAAAAUGAUGCAGGAAGUCCGCCCACUGAAGCCCCUUUAAGGAACAUUGAUCUAAAAAAGCAGCACGGCCACACAUCUGCAGUUGGGGAACUCACAAAAGUCAGUGAUGAUAGAACAGUACAGAGCUCAAAGUCAAGCUUUACUCAAAGCCAGGAGGCAUUUGAAAGAGACUUAAAAGAGCAGCUAGAUGUUGCUUUGGAUAAAAACAUAGAAAAGUAUUUGUGUAACGGUCAAAAAACACAAACUCAAGAGGAGGUUGGUAAUGCAGAAAACGAGCGUUUACAUCCCGAACUUAAGACUGAAGAGAACAUAUCAGUAAAUGUACAAGUGUUGGAUGAAUCUAAGAGCAUUUCUCUAAUCCAAAAUAAUGGAAGUGACAUAAACCGCAUUCAGGAACACACUAGUAAAAGAAGUUUGAAUGAGGGUCGUGGUAGCGUUUCAGAUAAUAUUCCAAUAAUCCAGAUUUCUGACACUGAGGAUAUCUCAAACAAAAAACUUUUUACAGAAGAUUUUAGCCCUAAUGAUCAUUUUGGAAUCCCCAAAACUAAAAUAAUUGACCCUGAGAUUAAAGAAACCACCUUGCCUCUAACUAUUUUGGCUCUGAGCAAACUAGAAUCAAGUCAUCAGCAAAAGCAUGACACAACUCAUGAGUCAAAUAUAAGUGGCCAACAUGACAGUGGGUCUGAUUGUCCUGUCUCAUUCUCUACGCCAAGCAUUCACGACCUCUCACCCACUCAGAAAGUAAAGGAAGUUGCUCAAACAUUUUUUGAGCAGCCUCAUCAGAUGGACAACACAUCAAUCCCUGUUAUAAGUGUUUUGUGCACAGAUGACAAGGAUAGUGGUGCCCUCAGCACUGAUUCAAAGGUUCAUCCGGUUUAUGAAAUUCCAAGGGUGCCUCAUAUUGUGGUCCCUCCAAUUUCUGUCACUUGUCAUGAAAGUGAUUCUGAAUCCACUCAGGGCCAGUGUAGAGAAACAGAAACCUUUACUGACACGCAAAGAGGAACAAAGAGUGUUGAUGAUAACGCCAUGAAGUCUGAACAAAUUCAGACAUGUGGUAGUGAGGACAUUUCUGAAAAUAGUAGAAAAGAGAAUCCUCUAAUAAUGCUGUCUGAAGCUUUGAUACCAAAAGUUGGUGGCAAUGUUCAGUCACUCAAUGAACCGCCAGAGAAAAACGCUGGUCCUGACGCCUCUAAACCCAAACCCCUGAAGGAAAUCAAGACAGAGGUCCCUCAGUCUGUUGAAGACUAUCUGAAAAGCAAACCUUCCAUUGAAAGGCUCAGCUCCAAACCACCAACAUACCCAUCAUUAAGUCCCGCCAGCCUUCGGAAAUUUAUGACAAAAACCGUUUCAGAUUCUGAAAACGACCCUUCGUCAUCUGUUCCUGUGAUAUCUGUGAGUGACCAUCCGAGCGACAAGACUGAAGAAGAUCUCAGUGGAGGUUCAACCCCAACAUCCUCCCUCUCAUGUGAAAGCAGUCCCCGACUGAAACGGAGGGACAGUCUGACCCUCAUACGGUCCGCCACGCCUGAAGAGCUGGCCUCUGGAGCUCGGCGCAAAAUCUUCAUAUCCAAGGCAAAAGAGGAGAUGGAGGGGUCUAUAUUUGGCAUGCAAGAUAGCAAGAAGGAGAGCCCAUACAUGUCACCCAGUCAGGCCCGCAGAGCAGCAUUACUGCAGCCUUCGAUAGGACAAAAGACCCCACCAGUAGAGAGGCGCUCCCCGCUGCUGAGUCGCAGAAAAGCCACUUUGGAUGUCCCAAAAGUUAUGGAGGAGCCUUCAGCAGGAGAGCCAGGGGGCAACAAGACAGAAGACAAACUAGCAGAAAAGAAAAUAGACCCUUUGAAAGCUCCUCAGGUUAUACGCAAGAUCCGGGGAGAGCCCUUCCCAGACGCCUCAGGACACCUCAAGCUGUGGUGCCAGUUCUUUAAUGUUCUCACUGACUCCACUAUCAAGUGGUACAAAGAUGAUGACGAAAUACUAGAAAUUAAAAGAAGCGGAGGAGAUGAAAGCCAGGUAGCACUGGCUAUUGUCCUCGCAUCCAACCAAGACUGUGGUGUAUAUGGCUGUACUAUCAGUAAUGACUAUGGGAGUGACACCACCGACUUCCUACUCAGCAUCGAUGUUCUGUCUGAAAUACUGCUAAAAGAUGACUUGGAAGUUGGAGAGGAGAUAGAGAUGACCCCUUUGCUGUUCACCAGAGGCCUGGCAGACUGUGGAAGCUGGGGCGAAAAGUACUUUGGUCGUAUUUUUACCGAGGCACUUCACGUCGGAGAAGGCUGCACGCACAAAACCAGCAGGGUGAAGGUAAUUUAUGGCCUGGAUCCUGUCUUUGAGUCUGGGAGUACUUGCAUCAUCAAAAUUCGAAACCCCAUCGCCUAUGGGAACAGACAGGAGACCAACCUCACUGAGAGAAAUCUGGACAUUACCAAGCAGGAAUGCAAAGUCCAAAACUUGAUCCGAGAAUACUGUAAAAUAUUUGCAGCCGAAGCAAGAGUGAUUGAAAACUUUGGCUGCUCCCUAGAAGUGAUUCCAAGGUAUCUGAUGUACAGACCAGCAAACUCUGUGCCUUAUGCCACUGUGGAGGGUGAUCUUAGUGGCACGUUCACUAAGUACUGCACAAUGGGUCCUAAAGACCAGCUGAUUUCACAAAACGCCUCAGAAAUUGAGCAGAAAUGCUGCACCUUCCAGCACUGGAUCCAUCAGUGGACUCAUGGAAAUUUGCUGGUCACUCAGCUUGAGGGAGUUGAGACAAAAAUAACAAAUGUUAAAGUUGUGACCAAGUCGAAGGGAUACCAAGGACUAACAGAAUGUGGCUCCCCUCAAAUAUUUGAUCAGUUUCUGACGCACCAUCAGUGCAAUUACUACUGUGGACUUUUUGGCCUGCGCCCUCUGAAGUCUUUAGAUGCUCUGCUGCAGCCCGCCAAAAUAAAGGGCUCCAAAAGUCCUCUGCUUAACCGCAAGUUGAGCUCUGGCAGCCCACAGCUUCAGCGAAAAGGGCAAAGCCCUCAGAUGUCUAGAAAGGCAAAUUCCAGUCCAAAGGUUGCAAAAAAAGUUCAGGAAGCAGAUGACAGUAAGACUGGAGGGAAGAGUAAGCCUGCACAGAGUCAAGCUGUCACUGAGACGAGGUAGAAAAAUAAACUUUCUUUGAUUGUGGCAUUUUUGUUGUAGCAUUACCAGUCUCUCUGCAGUUAUCGAGAGCACCAAACAUCAUUAGAUUGUAAGAACAGGGGUCACCCGUGUUGAUGUUUCUUGUUGUAAAAAAUCUGAAUGAAGACAUCCACUUCUGUCAGAAUGUUGGAAACAACAGGAUAUUUUUUUUCUAAAAAUUGUGUUGUUUUUUGAAAUAUGUCUCAGAGUUGUUGUAUCAAGACGUUUAAAGAAUGAAAACGUAAUGACAUAAAACUAUUACGACUAAACUCUGGCCUAUAAGUCUUAUCUGCUGUGUGAAUGGAAGAACACUAUUGACGAAAAUACAUCAGAAAGUGAUGUGAAACAAAAAUAUAUCUGACCACAACCACAAAUUAGGCAUGUGUGUUAUUGGUUGGUAGAAUUAUUGAUGACGAACACAUUCUUAUUUGUAAUGUGCACAAUAUGUAAAGAAUACAUAGAAACCAUCUGCAGCUCAUUUAGAUUUAAUUAUUCUUCAAAUCUCUGUGAAGAAUAAAAGCCUCAUUUUUAGAUAUUGUGUUAGUAAAAGCUCAUUUUUUGGCAUUAUUUUCAGUAAAUUUCCAAUGGUUUGUGAGUGGUUAACAAAAAUGUUAAUAAAUCCCAACCUUCAUUGUAUUUUACAAACAUCCUGGUUAGAAGAGCUGAUAAAUAAAAAAAUUAUUUUUAAAAACUGAAAUGUGGAAGGAUUAGUAUGAACUAUUUUCCUGUCAAAACUUUGCCCAGAUUGUUAAAUUCUAACAGAGAUUGAGACCUUCUAUUAAGUAGUAACGCCUGAGCAUGAAAUUCACAGGAAUUUCCAUGGUGGAUUUGGGGUUAAUGAUUUAAAAGACUUCAAAUGUGAAGUCAACAGUAAAGUUCAGCAGACUUUGAAUGAUUUCCUAAGUUGCAUGAAGUCUUCACAAAGAAAUUUUGAAGGGAAUCCUUUCUAAAGCUGAAAUAUGAUGUGAAAUACAGUUGUAUUGUUUUGAAGUCAAAGGGCUAAAUGUCAGUGUGAUUAAAAAAUUAAAAGAAAAGUGUGUGAAUGCUCGAAUGAAAGUAAUGUACACUCAGUUUUUUAAAAAAUAAAUGUGUAAAAGUAUUUUGAAAUACAUCAGAAGAGAUUGCUCAGUUUUGUUUAAUUAUUUACAGCAUAAGUGUUUUUGUCUCAGUGUUUUUUAUAGUUACAUAUCUUACAGUAAGGUGUGGCUUUGGUCCGACGCCUAACAUACAUUUAAUAUACAGUAUAAUACAAAACAAAUACAAUCAUCUCCCAAGGGUAUGCACAAACUUCAUAUUUGUACAGAAGUGUGGCAAAAACAAGCUGAUGUAAAAAUACAGAAAUAUGGUAUUAAGCAAGAACUAAACAAAUACAAAAAAAUCAUUAUUUAUAACAACUUUCUAGAUAAUCUAAAUAAUUUGUCUUUUUUUUAUUAAAAGACAUAUGAAACUGAACAAAAACAAACUCCUUUAUUUUCAUUUCUGUUGUCAUGUCAUUGCCAUGUUUUAAACCUCAGCAUAUUUUUACCACCUACAAUAAAAUAAUAUCUGAAUCCUAUCUUGAAUUCUCCUUUGCCCAUCUUCCUUAAGGCGUGAGCCUCUAAAAGGUAAGUUUUUAUUGUUUGUUUUUAAUAUUGGUUUCCUUUUAAGAAAUGGCUCUUGUGGAUUUUGCAACUUUGAAAAACUACAUUUGUAAAUACAAAAAAAGUAAAAAAGAAAAAGAAAAAAAGAAAAAGAAAAACAAA